AUCACCAGAGAUGAGAGUUGCAUGUCAAAUCCCAUAAACCUGAACAGCGAAAAAAAUUCAAUUCGCAGCUCUGCGACCAACCAACCAGUCAUGUACGUUCUACCGGCAGUCAUAUCAGUCGUAUUCGGUGCCCUGUUGUUGUAUUACUGGUACAGCUUUCGUCAACCACUACAGGUGACCUUCGAGCGACUUCAGCAACUCUCCGGGGCCGAUGUGGCCAACUUUACCCAACUGAGGCUUCUCGGAACGCCCGGAAGCUUGCAAACCGUCAACGGAUCGUGGGAGCUACUGCAAGACUUGGACAACAGUUGGAUGUACUCUGUACGAGUGCUGUAUAUACCGCCACGUGGACAAGCCUUCCAGCAAGUUCCACUACCGUCUCGCACCAUCGGAGUAUGUGACCUGCUGGCCAAGGCAGCGUACAAAUCGUUCUGGGAUCAACAUCAGUACUCCACCAACUAUCCAGAUCCCAAAAACCGGUCGGCAAUUUGUCCCUUUUCUAGUGGAGCCUACUUCCUGAGGUCAGUUCCGCUGAUUGCUGGGGAUCUUUUGUGGGUUGGUAGACCGGGGAUGUAUCGGAUGGAUUUUUGUCUAGUCAAAGACGGCGUUUUGAGGAUGAUUGAGGCGUUAUAUUUCAAGGUUCAGGUGGUGGGAGGAGGUUAUUACUAUUGAAAUAAAAGAUAUAACGUUGAUUACUAAUAAAAUCAACAAUCUAAAAUCUCUAAA